UUAUGAACUUUUGUGUCCAGCAUGUUUGUGUUGUUAGCUGAUUAAACGGUGCCUAUCAAGCUGCUAACCAUGGUUGAACCUUUGGGGUUUUGGGAUGCAUGGAGAGCCCAGUUUCCUGAGUCUGAACCCCCUCAAAUGGAGCUGAACUCCUUAGAGGAAAUCAAACAGGAGCUGGACAAAUGCAAGACAUCCAUCAGGCACUUGGAGAAGGAAGUAAACAAGGAGCGCUUUCGGAUGAUCUACUUGCAGACUUUGCUUGCAAAGGAGAGGAAAUCUUAUGAUGGUCGGCGAUGGGGAUUCAAAAACCAGAUGAAUGACAGAGAACUGCCCAGUGACUCUGAAAAACUGAGGUCGUGUACUGAUGAGGCACCGGUGGAGGAGCAGAGGGGGUCCAGCAAGACAGCAAGGAGAUAUCCAGAUGAAGUGGUGGAUGGUUCAAAACGGAAAGAAGGGGUGUCCCCUGUCCUUCACGAUUCUGAGUCUCCUGACGUCCCAGUGGGCACAGGGUCAGUGGCCGCUCUGAGGUCCAACUUUGAGUGCAUCAGGAGGGCCAGCUCUCAAACAGCUGGCGAUAGCAGGGGCUUAUCUGUGAUGGAGGGUCAGGAGAAACCUUGCUAUGCAAACUUGGAGUACCAUCACGAACAAGGGUUAGUCAAAGUCAAUGACAGGGAGGUCUCUGACAAGAUCAGCACCCUUGGCUGUCAAGCCAUGCAGAUGGAGCGAAAGAGGUCCCUGCACUCCCUGCCAGGGAGCCUGUCAGCUGCCUUAGGGGACAUCAACAAGGGUGUUCAGAAAGGCCGAUCCGCCGAGGGGAACUUCAGCUACAAUGGGUCACCAACUGAUUGUGAGGUCAGCUCACACUUCCUGAGAGACAGUGGGGUUCGGUCCUCAGGUGGGAGGUCUGAGAGGCAGCCAGUGGAGUGUCAGCCUUACACCAGUGUGUAUGUUGGAGGAAUGAUGGCAGACGGGUACACUCGAGUCAUCCACAUAAGGGACCACAGCAUAGAGGAGGAUUCUCACCUCACCUGGCCCAGGCGCUCCUAUUCUCCUGGGAGCUUUGAUGAUGUCAGUGGAGGCUACACACCAGACUGCAGCUCUAAUGAGAACCUGACAUCCAGCGAGGAGGACUUCUCUUCAGGCCAGUCCAGUCAAGUGUCCCCCAGCCCCACCACCUGUCCGAUGUUCAGUGAGAAGAGCCGCUCACCCUCCCAGCACUCCCAGCAUUCCCUUGACAGUGGAAGCCCCCCCACACCGCUGUCCCAGAAGUGUCUGAAGCAGCAGGGCCUGGCUUCCAUCAUCGGGGUCUGCAAAAGGGGCCAGAUGUGGCCCAGUGAUGGAGAUUCCACCACAUCCAGCAGGACGUCUCACGACAACAGUGUUCAAGGUGAUCUGGACGCUCCUGACAUCGAAAACCCUCCGUCAUAUGGCUAUGACCCGGAGCAUUGUGAGGAGCAGCAGCCUCGCCACAAGCCUCUGUCCUUCUCUGGAUCUCCUUCCUCUUCACCACGUCUUCGCUCCAAGAACCGGAACAGCCGAGACACCCAGUCCUCCGGUUCUCUGGAGUCCACGCAGUCGGUGGAGCUGGACCAGGAGAAGGGACUGGAGAUGAGGAAGUGGGUUCUGUCAGGGAUCCUGGCCAGUGAGGAGACCUACCUCAGCCAGUUGGAGGCCCUGCUGAUACCCAUGAAGCCUCUGAGAGCUGCAGCCACAACCUCCCAACCGAUGCUGACGAUCCAGCAGAUAGAGACGAUCUUCUUCAAAGUGCCCGAGCUUCACGAGAUCCACAAAGACUUCUACGAUGCUCUGCUGCCCCGAGUCCAGAGCUGGAGUCACCAGCAGUGUGUGGGAGACCUUUUCCAGAAGCUGGCCAGCCAGCUCGGAGUGUACCGGGCCUUCGUGGAUAACUAUAAGGUCGCUGUGGAGACGGCAGACAAGUGCUGCCAGGCAAACGCUCAGUUUGCGGAGAUAUCUGAGCAUCUCAAAGUAAAGCACAAUAAGGACUGCAAGGACCAGUCGGCCAAACAUUCACUGGAGACUCUCCUCUACAAGCCUGUGGACAGAGUGACACGCAGCACACUUGUUCUCCACGACCUGCUGAAGCACACGCCUUCCAGCCAUCCAGAUUAUCCAUUGUUGCAGGAUGCCCUGCGCAUCUCCCAGAACUUCCUGUCCAGCAUUAAUGAAGAGAUCACCCCACGCAGGCAGUCCAUGACCGUAAAGAAAGGAGAGCACCGACAGCUGCUGAGAGAUCGUUUCAUGGUGGAGCUGGUGGAGGUCUCGAGGAAACUGCGUCACGUGUUCCUCUUCACUGACCUGCUGCUCUGCACCAAACUGAAGAAACAGGCUGCAGGAAAGGGGCAGCAGUAUGACUGUAAGUGGUACAUCCCACUGGCUGACCUGACCUUCCAAACUAUCGAUGACUGCGAGUCCAGCCCGAUCCCUCUGGUUCAGGAUGAAGAGAUCGACGCGAUGAAGAUAAAGAUUUCCCAGAUCAAGAAUGAGAUCCAGAGGGAGAAGAGGACAACCAAAGGAUCCAAGGUGAUUGAGCGACUGAGGAAAAAAUUAGCCGAACAAGAGUCUCUGCUGCUUCUCAUGUCUCCCAGCAUGGCCUUCAGAGUGGCCAACAGAAACGGCAAAGGUUUCACUUUUUUAAUUUCCUCUGAUUAUGAGCGUGCAGAGUGGAGGGAGAUUAUUCGUGAGCAACAGAAGAAGUGCUUUAAGAGCUUCUCUUUGACCUCUCUGGAGCUGCAGAUGCUCACUAAUUCAUGUGUGAAGCUACAAACUGUUCACACUAUUCCAAUGACCAUGAACAAGGAAGAUGAUGAAUCCUCUGGUUUAUACGGCUUCCUGAAUGUGAUUGUCCACUCUGCGUCUGGGCUCAAACAGAGCUUAAACCUGUACUGCUCCCUGGAGGUGGACUCUUUUGGCUACUUUGUCAACAAAGCCAAGACACGCGUGUACAGAGACUCUACGGAGCCCAACUGGAACGAGGAGUUUGAGAUUGAACUGGAGGGCUCUCAGACUGUGAGGCUGCUGUGCUAUGAGAAGUGCAGCACCAAAACCAAGCAGAGCAAAGAGGAAGGAGAGAUCACAGACAAGAUCUUGGCUAAAGGACAAAUAAAGCUGGACGCCCAGACGCUCCAAAGUAAAGACUGGCAGAGGACGCUCAUCGCCAUGAAUGGAGUUGAGGUGAAACUUUCGAUGAAGUUCACCAGCAGAGAGUUCAGUCUGAAGCGAAUGCCGUCACGGAAGCAGUCCGGCGUCUUUGGAGUGAAGAUCAACAUAGUCACAAAGCGAGAACGCUCCAAAGUCCCGCUGAUUGUUCGUCAGUGCGUAGAGGAGAUUGAGCGACGAGGGAUGGAGGAGGUGGGGAUCUACAGAGUGUCGGGUGUCGCAACGGACAUCCAGGCGCUCAAGGCUGCCUUCGACUCGAACAAUAAGGACGUGUCUCUUAUGAUGAGCGAAAUGGACGUAAACGCCAUCGCUGGAACUCUGAAGCUGUACUUCCGUGAGCUUCCGGAGCCUCUUUUCACUGAUGAGCUGUACCCCAACUUCGCAGGAGGCAUCGGUCUCUCUGAUAGUGUGGCUAAAGAGAGCUGCAUGCUCAACCUGCUGCUGUCUCUGCCAGAGACCAACUUGGUCACUUUUCUUUUUGUUCUGGACCACUUAAAAAGGGUGGCUGACAACGAGAGCAUCAACAAGAUGUCUUUGCACAACCUGGCCACAGUUUUUGGUCCCACUUUGCUUCGACCCUCUGAAAAGGACAGCAAGACCCCGACCAGCUCCCAGCCCAUCUCCAUGAAUGACUGCUGGUCUCUUGAGGUCAUGGCUCAGGUGCAAGUCCUCCUCUACUUCCUUCAGCUGGAAAGCAUUCCCAUCCCCGACAGCAAACGUCAAAGCUUCCUCUUUUCGACCGAAGUAUGA